AUGGGAAAAUCAAUAGAGAAGGCAUUUAACAUAACAUUAUUGGCUCAUCUUUUCGGAGCUACUUCUCUGGUGUGCAUUCUUGGUUAUCAAAUUUUGACGAAUUUUGCUAAGGGUGAGAGAGGAGUACUUGUUACCUUUUUGAUAUUCCAAUUCUUAGUCCUGCUAAUACUGUACGCUCAUUGCACUGUUGGUGAAAAUCUUUUAACUGAGAGUGCUAAGAUAUGUGCAGCGUUUUAUGAAUGCCAUUGGUACAAUAUGCCAAUGGAAAAUGCACGAAUGAUAAUACUAUGCAUGGCAAGAUCGCAAAAACCGCUUUGUUUAACAGCUGGCAAAUUUACUAUAUUUUGUCUCAGCACUUUAACUGACGUUUUGAAAACAGCAAUGGGCUAUUUAUCAGUACUGCGUUCCUUUUUGUAA